AUGGAAGAAAGCCAUAAUACUCCAUAUUCUGUACUCCCAAGAGGGGACAAAUUAUGCAAGGACUUGAAGAGAGAAGUAGCUGAGUUUGUGAGUAAAUGCUUGACUUGUCAAAAGGUCAAGAUUGAUCAUAAGAGACCUAUGGGAAAAGUUCAACCUUUGGAAAUUCCUAGCUGGAAAUGGGAUUCUAUAUCCAUGGAUUUUGUCACAGGAUUGGCUAGAAGCAAAAGUGGCAAUGACACUAUUUGGGUGAUUGUAGAUAGACUUACAAAGUCUGCGGUGUUUAUUCCAGUUUUGUCAUUGAAGCGCGCACGGCUCCACCUCAACCACAACAGCCUUCUUAUCACGGUGGCACGACCUCAAAUAGUGGACCUGGUGUCUGUGGUUGGGCUACGGUGGUAUUUGGUGGAUGAAUUGCAGGUUGUGAGGGAGAAGGGGAGUUUGGUGAGGUGUUUAUAUCUCAUGGCGGACGAUCAGGAGCGUAACUGUGGGAUAUAA